UUCUCACCACGUCCGAGUCGCUGUUCAGAUGCUGGAACAUGAGAGAAGCCAACACGGUACCGGACACCCGGACGGUAGGUUCCGCCAUGCUGCUUGUUGACACGGGUCUGGAGCCCCGAGGCGGGUCAGAGAGCCGCAGAAUCACCGCAGUGAAAAUCCUGCGUUUCUCCUGCGCAGCCCGUCACGGGGCACCGGAGGGGCGGAGCUUCAGAAGCCGCCUGCCUCGACUCGUGUCCGGCCGCAGAGCAGCACUGGUCCCGCUGGAGGUCCGGAGGUCCGGAGGUCUGUCCGGGAGUCUGUCAGGUGAUGAUCUGACCUGCAGCUGUCCAGAUGGAGGACCUGUGGAGCGUCGCUGCGGCUGUUUUCCAGCUGUGGAUGUUCGUGGUCGUCUUCCUCAUCAUGCUGCCCGCCAUGUUCGGCCUGUCGCUGGGCGUCACCGGCGUCUACAUCCAGGUCCUGGUCAAAAUCCUCGAGGGAUCAUCGAGCGGGCCAGUGGUUCCAUGCAGGAGGUUCUGGGGCAGCAGUUUGCUCUGAGCGACGUCUUGUUCUUCUGUAAGAAAGGUCUGGAGAGCAUCGUGGACGACCAGGUGACGCAGCGCUUCUCCUCCGAGGAACUGGCCUCCUGGAACCUGCUGACCAGAACCAACCAGAACUUCCGCUACAUCAGCCUCCGGCUCACCAUCAUCUGGGGCGUCGGCGUCUUCAUCCGCUACGGCGUCCUCUUCCCCCUCAGGUUCACUCUGGCCAUCAUCGGUCUGUCCUGGCUGGUCAUUGGAACCACGCUGGUCGGAUUUCUUCCUGACAGCAGUGUGAAGAACUGGCUGAGUGAACUGGUCCAUCUGACCUGCUACCGGAUCUGUGCCAGAGGACUGUCGGCCACUGUCCACUACCACAACAAGGAGAACCGGCCUCAGAAAGGAGGCAUCUGCGUGGCCAACCACACCACCCCCAUCGACGUGGUCAUCCUGGCCAACGACGGCUGCUACGCCAUGGUGGGGCAGGUCCACGGAGGGCUGCUGGGUGUCAUCCAGAGGUCCAUGGUCCGGUCCUGUCCUCACGUCUGGUUCGAGAGGUCCGAGAUGAAGGACCGGCACGCCGUCACCAGCAGACUCAGAGCUCAUGUUGCUGCUAAAACUAAACUUCCAAUUCUGAUCUUUCCUGAAGGAACCUGCAUCAACAACACGUCCGUCAUGAUGUUCAAGAAGGGAAGCUUUGAGAUCGGAGGGACCAUUUAUCCCGUUGCCAUCAAGUAUGAUCCUCGCUUCGGAGACGCCUUCUGGAACAGCAGCAAGUUCAACAUGGUCAACUACCUGCUGAGGAUGAUGACCAGCUGGGCCAUCGUUGUCAACGUGUGGUACCUGCCACCUAUGACCCUCCAGGAUGGAGAAGAUGCAGCUCAGUUCGCCAACAGAGUGAAAUCUGCCAUCGCUCAUCAGGGAGGACUGCUGGAUCUGGACUGGGACGGAGGCCUGAAGAGAGGGAAGGUGAAGGAUUCGUUCAAAGAGGAGCAGCAGAAGAUGUACAGCAGCCUCAUCGUGGGACACAACGGGAUCAAUAAUCUAUAAUCAAAAUCUAUAAUGAAGCUGAAUCUAUGGUUUUCUACUUCCUGUUUCUACCAGAUUAAAGCUGAGUUUUAACUGCAGCAGCAGGCUUCCACCAGCAGGAGGCGCCAUGACUCCAUAAAGCUGCUGCUCUUCUUCUUCUGUUCCACUAAACCAGGUUUCAUUCACAGGAAAACUUUAUUUUCCUUCAGCUGCAGAAUCAAAGAGCAGGAAAUGAAUCUUUAACUUUCAUUUAUCUCCGAUCAGCUCCAGGAUUCUGUCGUCUUUAGUCUGAUUUUAUUAAAACAUCAGAUUAUUUUUAUACGUUUUCAGCUUUUUUCUCUCAUAAAUCUUAGAGAACAUCCACAAUUUGUCUCUUUAUUUCUCACAUUAUUGUCAGAGUUUUUCCACUAAAUUUGUGGCCUAAAUAUAGAAAAUAUGAAAAUUAUUAGAUUGCAAAUGUGUGACUUCAAUCUCAGAAAACAUCUGAUUUUUAUGUCAAUUUGUGAAUUUCAUUUUUAAAAAUGUUUAUUUUUUUCUCCUAAAUUUCCAACUUUAACAUCAGACAAUUUAUUUUCUCAUAAAUUUGUGACUAAAAUAAAAAAUAAAAAUUUUCAGUUUGUCUCCUACAUUCUGACAUUUUUAUUUUUUCCAAUAAAUUGGUGGCUUUAAAAAAAAAGAAUUUUUGUGUAUCUCAGAGAAUAGAAAAGGUUUUUACAUUCCACAUCUUCUUUUAAAGAUCAAGUUUUGUUUGUUUUUUUUUUUAACAGUAUUUUUUUCUCCAGCGCUGGUGUCCAACCCGUGGCUCGAGGCCCUCUCAGGGCUGCAAACACUGCAAAUAAUUUCAUCUGUUUCCUGUUUCUAGAAGAAAAAUAAAAACAUCUGAAGAUCAAA